AAACGGCGGCAGCGCUUAUAGGGCAGGGAAUGGGGGUGCCGCCGCCACCUUGUCAGGUCUGCGUCCGCCGAAGCUCAGCCGCGGCCGCACUGUCGUCGCGGCGCCCCCGCCCAGUUCUCCGUGCGCACCGCCCCCGGAGCCGGCCCGUGGGUCCGGGAGCAGGGCCGAAACCUCGCCAUGCGGGUCCGGCGUCUACUGCUACUGCUGGCGCUGUUGCUGCCCGGCCCUGGGAUUUUUGCAAGUACCAGCACAGUGACACUGCCUGAAACCUUGCUGUUUGUGUCAACCUUGGAUGGAAGUUUGCACGCUGUCAGCAAGAGGACAGGCUCAAUCAAAUGGACUUUAAAAGAAGAUCCGGUCCUGCAGGUCCCAACACACGUGGAAGAGCCUGCCUUUCUCCCAGAUCCCAAUGAUGGAAGCCUGUAUACACUUGGGGGCAAGAAUAACGAAGGCCUGACGAAACUUCCCUUUACCAUCCCAGAGUUGGUACAGGCAUCCCCAUGCCGAAGCUCAGAUGGAAUCCUAUACAUGGGUAAAAAGCAGGAUAUUUGGUAUGUCAUUGACCUCCUGACUGGUGAGAAGCAGCAGACUUUGUCAUCAGCCUUUGCAGAUAGUCUCUGCCCAUCAACCUCCCUUCUGUAUCUUGGACGAACAGAAUACACUAUCACCAUGUAUGACACCAAAACCCGAGAGCUCCGCUGGAACGCCACCUACUUUGACUAUGCAGCCUCACUGCCUGAGGACGAUGGGGACUACAAGAUGUCCCACUUUGUGUCCAAUGGCGAUGGGCUGGUGGUGACUGUGGACAGUGAGUCUGGGGAUGUCUUGUGGAUCCAAAACUAUGCAUCCCCGGUGGUGGCCUUCUACGUCUGGCAGAGGGAGGGUCUGAGGAAGGUGAUGCACAUCAACGUUGCUGUGGAGACCCUACGCUACCUGACCUUCAUGCCUGGGGAGGUGGGCCGCAUCACCAAGUGGAAGUACCCAUUUCCUAAGGAGACUGAGGCCAAGAGCAAGCUGACGCCUACCCUGUAUGUUGGGAAGUAUUCCACCAGCCUCUACGCCUCUCCCUCCAUGGUGCACGAAGGGGUCGUCGUUGUGCCCCGAGGCAGCACUCUUCCUUUGCUGGAAGGUCCCCAGACGGAUGGUGUCACCAUUGGGGACAAAGGAGAGUGUGUGAUCACACCUAGCACAGACCUCAAGUUUGACCCUGGACUCAAAGGGAAGAGCAAACUCAAUUACUUGAGGAAUUACUGGCUCCUGAUAGGACACCAUGAAACCCCACUGUCUGCAUCUACCAAGAUGCUGGAGAGAUUUCCCAACAAUCUGCCCAAACAUCGGGAAAAUGUGAUUCCUGCUGACUUGGAGAAAAAGAGCUUUGAGGAAGUUAUCAACCUGGUUGACCAGACCUCAGAAAACGCACCCACCACCAUGUUUCAGGAUGUGGAAGAGAAGUUGGCUCAUGCUCCCGCCAAGCCUGAGGCCCCUGUGGACUCCAUGCUCAAGGACAUGGCCACCAUCAUCCUGAGCACCUUCCUACUGGUCGGCUGGGUGGCCUUCAUCAUCUCCUACCCACUGAGCAUACACCAGCAGCGGCAGCUCCAGCACCAGCAGUUCAAGAAGGAGCUGGAGAAAAUCCAGCUCCUGCAGCAGCAGCAGCUGCCCUUCCACCCGCCUGGAGAGUUGACGCAGGACACCGAGCUCCUGGACACAUCCAGCCCUUACUCAGAGAGCUCAGGGACCAGCAGCCCCAGCCCAUCCCCCAGAGCCUCCAACCAUUCACUCCACUCCAGCAGCUCUGCCUCCAAGGCUGGUACCAGCGCCUCCCUGGAGCAGGAUGACAAGGAUGAGGAAACCAGCAUGGUGAUAGUUGGGAAAAUUUCGUUCUGUCCCAGAGAUGUGCUGGGCCAUGGAGCUGAGGGCACCAUUGUGUACCGGGGCAUGUUUGAUAGUCGUGACGUGGCCGUGAAGAGGAUCCUUCCUGAAUGUUUUAGCUUUGCAGACCGGGAGGUCCAGCUGCUGCGAGAAUCGGAUGAGCACCCCAAUGUGAUCCGUUACUUCUGCACAGAGAGGGACCGGCAGUUCCAGUACAUUGCCAUUGAGCUAUGUGCAGCCACCCUGCAGGAGUAUGUGGAGCAGAAGGACUUUGCCCACCUCGGCCUGGAGCCCAUCACCUUGCUGCAGCAGACCACCUCAGGCCUGGCACAUCUCCACUCCCUCAACAUUGUUCACAGAGACCUGAAGCCCCACAAUAUUCUCCUCUCCAUGCCCAAUGCACACGGCAGGAUCAAGGCCAUGAUCUCUGACUUUGGCCUCUGCAAGAAAUUAGCAGUGGGCAGGCACAGUUUUAGCCGCCGUUCUGGGGUGCCUGGCACCGAAGGCUGGAUCGCCCCAGAGAUGCUGAGUGAAGACUGCAAGGAGAACCCUACCUACACAGUGGACAUCUUCUCUGCAGGCUGUGUUUUUUACUAUGUCAUCUCCGAGGGCAGCCAUCCUUUUGGCAAGUCCCUGCAGCGGCAGGCCAACAUCCUCCUGGGUGCCUACAGUCUGGAUUGCUUCCACCCAGAGAAGCAUGAAGAUAUCAUUGCACGUGAGCUGAUAGAGAAAAUGAUCACAAUGGAUCCCCAGCAGCGGCCCUCGGCAAAGCACGUGCUGAAACAUCCCUUCUUCUGGAGUGUGGAAAAGCAGCUCCAGUUUUUUCAGGACGUGAGUGACCGAAUAGAAAAGGAAUCCCUGGAUGGCCCAAUUGUGAGGCAGUUAGAGAGAGGUGGGCGAGCUGUGGUGAAGAUGGACUGGCGGGAGAAUAUCACUGUGCCCCUCCAGACAGAUUUGCGUAAAUUCAGAACCUACAAGGGUGGCUCUGUCAGAGAUCUCCUGCGAGCCAUGAGAAACAAGAAACACCACUACCGAGAGCUCCCUGUGGAGGUGCAGGAAACACUGGGCUCCCUCCCCGAUGACUUUGUGCGCUACUUCACAUCGCGCUUCCCCCACCUCCUCUCACACACCUACUGGGCCAUGGAGUUGUGCAGCCACGAGAGACUCUUCCAGCCCUACUACUUCCACGAGCCCCCAGAGCCCCCACCCCCAGUGACUCCAGAUGUCCUCUGAGCUAGGGCAACUCUGUUCUGGUGGCCGCAGCUGUGACAGUGGGCCUGGUCUCUGUAGUCCAGAGUUUGACACCACCCUGGCUUAGCAGGGAGACCAGGCUUCUCAAACCAAGUGCCUUGAGCUGCCCCCUCUGCAGCCAGCAGAGGCUGGCCCCAGGAAGUGGGAGAACCGGCCCUCAAGACCUCCAGGGAGCAGGCAAGAAGUUGGCCUUGGAAGCUGCUCUCUAGUUCGGAGGUAUCUGCAGUGGUGGGCUCCUCACAGGCUGUGAAAGGAGCCCUGCUGACCUGCUGGAUGAGCUCACCUCGGCUUACCUCUCUUUGUAAAAUUCCUGUUUGACAUCAGUCUCUGGGCCUUUCAAGAGGGGAGUGGAAGAAUCCUAGGUUUUGCCUGCAAGCUGGGAUGUAGGAAGUACAGCCUCUGCUAGAAGUGGGCUCAAGAGGUGAGGGAUACUGAGGAGGAGGACGUGCAGAGGGGUUGUUCUGGGGACAGGAGGUGCCUCACUGAUCCCAGAUGUGCCGAGAGCCUCCCAGCUUACUGUUAAUUGGUGUUUCCUUAGGUAGUGAAGCCGUUGGCAUAAGGCAUGAAGUUAGAGACUGGCCAGCGAUGCCUAUGGGCAGUUGAGAUGGGUCUGCAGGUCUCUGGGAGAUGAAGAGGAUGCUCUGUUCAGGAGGCAGUGCUAGUCCAGAACCCUGGUGGCCUGAGCAGUAAUGUGUGGUGGGUCGUGUCCUGGGCCAUUGGGGCAGGAGAUGAAGAGUCCCCUGGACAUCAGUGAUGGCAGCUAAGAACCGCAUAGGGACAAGUCUUCAGAACAAGAAGGGAGCAACUGAAUGGGAGCCUCCCGGCCACCUAGAGAAGACCCUGAACCAGCUUGUGAGGAUAAGGCUGCUCCAUCUCUGAGCCCAACAAGUCAGGGUGCAUGUGGUGGGUCAGGGCCUAUGGGUUGGGAGCCAGGGUCAGAGUCACUGUGGGCUUUGUGGGCCAGCUUUUAUGUUUCUCCUGGCAAAUUUUAAUGGCUACAUUUCGAUCAUACUGUAGAAUGCUACAUUAGCAUAAGUAAGCUAAACUUAACAUGAACUUACUUGUAAAGAAAUACAAGAUAUAAUAUCUUCUGUUUCGUGUGGUACCAAAAAUCUCCAUGCCCUCAAGAGUGUUCCAUUUAGAACAUUCUCUAAUGCUGAAGGAUAAAACAUUCUAGCAACACUAUGUAAAUAUAUUAAUGUCAAAGUUAUGUACCCUAAGUUAUGUCACUACCCUUUUUUCUCAAAUUAAUAUAAUUUUUUAACUUUAAUUUCAGUCAGAACUUCCUCUGCUCCCUCCUGAGAGCCUUGGAGCUUAAGAUGCAAUCAGGGUCCAUAGGAGGAAGCUCUGUGUGUCCACUUCCUCCAGUCAGUGAGAGUCACUCCAUCCAGCCCUGGCGAGCUGAGUCUUAGUUCCAUUGUUCUCGGGUAAGAGUGUCACUGCCAGCUUAGGGCACUGACAGGAGUCACUCCUGCUUCCUCCUGUGAGAAGUUUUCUGAUUGUGUUUGUGUCAGGGCCACUCAUCCAAAGCUCAUUCUGCCUCUGAAGAAUUCAGCCUUGCUUUUAUAAAAGCCAGAGUGACUUUUCUCUUAAUAUUAAUAUGAUCUCGCAUCUUUGAACUUCAUGAAUAACUCUGCUUAAGCCUUGGAAACUCAGCCUCUCCUUUGGCUUCCUCAGCAUCUCCCACCACAUGGUUCAUCUUCCAGGAAUAUGGCCAGACUGUUUCCUCUUGUUCUGAUGCAUCCAUACCAACUCUGCUUUUACAGUGCCCUCCACGUGGCUCCAGGUUCCUUUGCCUGGGGUCUGAGAGGUGACAGCCCAGGGGAGUGUCAGGAGGUGAAGUAGGUGCCAUGUGUUAUCUGACAGGACUCCCAUGUGGACUGCUGUUCACCUUGUUCUUGCAGCUGAGUUUUCUCUCCAGGAAGUGCCCAGGUGAUUUCUAGUGGCUCAGUUUGUUGUCAUCUCCUGUUUCUAGCCCAGUUUGCCUGGAGACAGCUUUUUCAGAUUCCUUUUCUGCUCAUCGGAUAGAUUCAUUUCUAACCAUCCAAAUUUCUCAGACUCCUUUAGUCAGCAUAUUUUAUUUGGGGAUUUACUAUAUUGAGAUGGGUAGGUCCCAGGGUGCUAGGGAAACCGAAGAGCCAGACAGGCCAAGCUCUGCUUUUGUAAAGCUUGUGAGAGAAUUAAGAGCAAAUAAGUAUAAUACUACAAAGAAUCUAGGCAGGUGGGGAAGGGCAUGUGUUUGGGGUUUGCACAUCUUUUGCCUUAAAAUACUCUGUCCCAGACUUAUCAUCUCUGGUCAGGUUACCUGUCUGUCUUUUCUUCUUACCUUCAGGGACUCAGACUCUCCUCCAGGUUUAUCUGAAGAGUUCUCAUGGAGACAUUUGUUUUGAAAACAUCUUGAGUGUUAUCUAGUGAGUCCAGUUUGAGCCUAGAAUUCCAGUUUCCCAUUGUGCUCACCAAGGGGAAGCUGUCUUUCAGAGGCCAGAACAGCUCUGUGACAUCGUGCCUCUUUAGUUUAAGCUACAGGGCUUCUACAAGUCUUGGAAGGCUGCCUAACUUUUUAGAAGUACACUCUCUCCAUCUUUCAGAUAGCAUUGAGUUGUGUCUGUUAGGGAUCAAAAAACCCUAUAAUUUAUUUAGGUUUUUCCUUUUUUUUUUUUUUUUUUUUUGUUACCGGGGAUCAAACUUGGGUCCUUGCGCUUGCACAGCAGGCGGCGAAACCACUGAGCUAAAUCCCCGGCCCUAGGUCUUGUGCCAUGUGGUGAACCCCUCUGACACACGUGCCAAAACUUCUCUCAUUGCUUGAGUCUUUAAUUUCAGUUGUUGAAAAGUGCCACAUGUCACUAAGCAGCAAAGCAUUUGCACUUUCGAGAACACUGGUAUCACCUGAUCAGUCAUGACAUCGUCUGAUGGCUGGAGGUGAAUCCUGGGUACAGAGGGUCCCUGUUCUUGGUGCAGCAGUUGUUGCAGGCUUUUCUGAGAGACAGCACUGAUCAGUCACAGACCAAUGCUGACCAGUGGGUCCAAGCAAAAUGCUUUCUUCCCAGCUCUAGAAGAGGUUUUGUGUGUGUUCGGUUAUUCAGUUACCACUGGCAGUUCUUUCUCGUUACAGUAAGAGUAAUUCAUUGGCUGCUGAGAAAAGCUUCCACAGAAGCAGCCUUUGCAUUGCAGGGCUCCCCGCUCCUGGCCACUUUGUUUUCAGCAACUGGCCUUUGGCUGGGGGUCAUUUUCCCCAUGUUUCCGUUCUCCAUCUGUUCACUGGAUCCUUGUUCUUUGUUCUCAUCAUUCAUUGGUCAGAAGUUAUCAGGAGAGCUGGAAGGAAGAGGAAGUGCAGCAGCCGUGGAAAGAACCUCUUUAAAUUCCCCAUUCACCGUUCUCUCUGCUCUUUGGCUUUGCAAACUGCAUCCAUGCUUCCCAGUGUGUCCCCCUUUGCCCCAGGUGCAGUGGUGUUAGUUGACUGCGGCUGGGCCUUGGCAUUUCCUGGAAGGAGAUCAUCAGUCAUCUUAGGCAGGGAGCCCAGAUUCUCCCUUCCAGGGUUGGAUUGUUAAUCUUUUAAGCCAAAGUAUCUGCUCUCUUCCUGUUCUUUGUUGUCUUUAUGAAGCAUUGAUUUUCCAUGAAUGACUCUGGCUGUGAUUUUUGUUUCAACACCUCAAUCCUGUCUGUAUACAUUGGAAGACCACAAAGGAUGCAUCUGCCAUGAGCCUCCCUCUGGAACAGCCUUCACCAUACUGCCAGCCAAAGUCCCCACUGCCAGGCCUCUCCUGUGCUCCUGUCUCGUGGGUACAGUAUUCCUUCCCAGUGUCCCUAAAGCUGUGAUGGAGAGUCCCCACUCACCUAAGCAUUACUGGUCAGCUACGUGGCAUUCUCACAUGUGAACCUUGUGUAGCGUUCUUUUUUGCAAUGACCUAUUUAUUGAACCUAUUUAUAUUUAUUUAAUUUUUACUCUGAAGUGUAUCCAGUUACAUUUGCACUUGCUUAAAAGCACAUCAGAUCUAUUUUGGACAACACCUUUGACCAUUUUAAAACUGGAAAGGAAGAGUUAUACUGUAUCCUUCCAUGGGAUGGAAGCCUUGUCUUUAAAGGGUGAAUAAUCUGGUCGGGGUAAAAUGCUAAUUUUUAAGUGAUUUUUUUUUUUUUAAUCAUGUGCCAUUGUGUCUUCUCUGUGGACAGUUGUUUUAAUUGAUAUGUGUUAGUUGUGUGAUACAAUCCUCUUUGUGGAACCUAAAAUUCUCUUUUUAACUUUAUAUUUUAUAAACUGCCAGAUUGUAUAAUUUUUAUGUGUAUUUUUAAAGCUUGAUGAUAUGAGAGUCAUUAUCUAAAGUUAAAAAGCCUAUUUUUGUACCUCUUGUACAGUUUUAUAAUUCUGAUUAAUGAUGGCAUCUUACAUUUAGCCAACCACAAAUAAAGGUAGUUUAGAUAUGGGA